CAGGUAUUGUAAUCAGUCUUCGGAAAGAUCAGAAGCUUUGCGUGCUUCCGAGUCAUAACAAACUUCACUAGCUGGAUCUUCCAACAAAAGAACUACUAGUUCAAAAGAAAACGAAAAGAAGUUCAUUUGUUGGAGAUUUGCGCCUGGAAACAUAUUAAAAAAGAUCCUCCCUUUCUUUAUUGGCAAGAAAAAUAAGGGACGAUAGCGUCCAUGGAGUAAAAGUAGUACUAUCCGCCAGUCAAGCCAGCUAGCCUGCUCUGUAGCUUCUUCUUCUUCUUUGGCUGAAGCGAACGAGGACGACAACAAGGGGCGGGGGCCGCCGCAGUCCUAUCCGAUCCAAUCCGAUCCACGGGAGAAAAGCCAAAGAUUUGACUCUUGCUGGUGCUCCACACUUGAUCUACCGAAGGAUUUGCAAUAUGGCAGAAUCCACCGUCACGAGGUAUUGGUGCCACCAAUGUGAGCAGGCCAUCGAGGAGGCCAUGGUGGAGGAGGUCAAGUGUCCACUGUGUGACAGUGGAUUUGUCGAGGAGAUGAUCGGUGAGCACUUUGAGGCAUUGACAAGGCAGCUAUCGGAGCAAGGGCUCUCGCAGUGGGACCCAGUGGACAACUCUUUUGAGCAGCCAGGAUCAGUGGGGGACAGCGAUGAUGAAGAUAAUAGCGAUAUAGGCCGUGAGUUUGAGGGAUUCAUCAGAAGGCAUCGACAGGCAUCGGCACUACGCCGUGUGCUCGAUAGUAUCCAUGAUGACCUUAGAGAUGACAGGGAAAGAGACAACUCCAUUCUGGUCAAUGCCUUCAACCAGGCCCUCGCUCUGCAAGGUGCAGCACUUGACCCUGACGAGGACCGAGGUGACAAUGGCAACUCAGGUAAUGAUGAUGGUUUGCUAGAAGAGUAUGUCCUCGGGGCAGGGCUGAGCCUGCUUCUUCAGCAUUUGGCUGAGAAUGACCCAAGCCGGUAUGGCACCCCUCCUGCAAGGAAAGAAGCAAUCGAUGCACUGCCCACUGUCAAAAUCGAAGAGGCUGUCAGCUGUUCAGUCUGUCUUGAUGAUCUAGAGCUUGGAUCCCAAGCUAAGCAGUUGCCUUGUGAACACAAGUUCCACUCUCCUUGUAUCCUGCCAUGGCUUGAACUCCAUAGUUCCUGCCCAGUUUGCCGGUUCGAGCUGCCUUCCGGUGAGACAAAAGACUUGAGUGAGCCUAGCAAUGUUGAUCGAGAGAGCAGCCAGGAGGAGGUCUUAGCUGAUGGCCCUGCAAAUGACAGCGAGGACACUAGUAGACCUUGGGCCAUUGUUCCUUGGUUUAGUGGACUGUUCUCGACACCUGAACCACAGAAUGUCAGAGGUACUUCUACCGAUCAGCAGCUGCCUCCCGCUUCUGGAACCAACCCAAAUGCAGGGCAUAGUUGAUCUCUUCCACUGUCUGUGAAUAAUGAUCAUACAUCUGAGGAUAGUGAUGCAACUUUGUUCAGUAGAACUCCUAUUUUUAUCUAUCGGGAUGAACAACUGGGUACAAAGUUUGUGACUGCUUUUGACAUAUGAUUUGCGCUCAUUUCAGUUUGCUUCCGUCUUAUAA